CGUGGCAUAAGCGGGUCCAAGUAGAGCCGCCGGAGAUCAAGGCAAUGGACAAGCUCAUGACCUUCGAACAAAUCACGCUGUCGAGUGUUGACUGGAUUGCCGAGUACCAACGCUUGACAUUUGUCCCAGACAUUCAAAUGGGCUUCAAGGUCGUCAAACACUACUUCAUCUCGAGGUCGUGUCCGGCGUUGGGCAACACCUUAACUCACGUCGAGGACACCCUGACGACAACGGCGGAGCUCUUUAACAAGGUCGCGCAGAUCAUCGUCACGAACAAGGAGGCCAAGAACCUCCACUGUUCGUCUGUGACAGACCCGAGCAGAGAUCAGCAUCGGUCGAAAGUGGUCGUGGUCGCGGCGGCAACGCCAACCAACCAAUCUAUUCCUACGCUGGGUACUCAUGCUCAAGGGCAAUACGUGUGUGCGGCAUCUUCUCCGUCCGGCAGCGGUAACUUAUCGUCUUCAAGUGUUUCACGGGAUUUGGCGCGCGAGUUCAACAUAAAGGUAUUGGACCCGCUCAUAUCCGAGGAUUUCGCAUGGCUUCCUCUCCCGACCAUGGGCCGAUUACCAGGACCCGCUCAUCUUCACACGUAUUUAUCCUUCUAUGCACCACCAACUUCGUCGACGGAUGACGAAGUCGUGGUGGGGGACAUCCUUGCGUAUGUUACCAAGGUGGCCCGCGAGUUUCGCAAGCAGCGGUACGAUAACAACAACGCACCGCCCCUCUAUGUCUGCAUCCAAAAUGGGCAAGCGUCCUGCAGCGCUUUGCUUGAUAGAGGCGCGUCUCGCAAUUCCAUGAGCCACGCCUUUAUGCGAAGGGCUGGCCUUGGCGCACAAGUUCGGAGGAAGGCAAGCCCGACGGCGAUCAAGUUGGCGAACGGAAGGACGCAUCAACUUAUCGACUGCUACGUCGAGGCCGUACCGGUGUAUUUCGCACCUCAUGCAUGCAAACCGGUGAUAUUCGACAUUUUGGACACAGACUUCGACAUUGUUUUGGGAAUGCCUUGGCUUGCAAGUGCGGAUCACACGAUCAGCUUCCACCGGCGAACUCUUACCGUUCGGGACGCCUUCGGUGCCGAAGUGCCGUGUACUAUUCCUCUUCCGCACCCUUCAAUUCGGUGCCAAGUGGUGACGGGCAAGUCGUUCCGGGCUACUUGCGCUUACGAGCAGCCUGACGAGAUAGGCCUAUGCUUUCUACGGACCGUUGCGGUAGUCGAUUCUUCAUCCACGAACUUGUCUUCGGACCCCCGUGUGGUGCGGUUGCUUGACGAGUUCGCCGACAUCUUCGAGUCACCUACCGGUGUGGUGUCGGAUCGACCGAUCUCUCACGAGAUCAUUCUUGAUGUCGGUGUCGUGCCACCGAAAGGUUGCAUUUAUCGCAUGAGCGAGGAGGAGCUUACGGUCCUCCGCGCGCAACUCGAUGACUUGUUGGACAAGGGCUGGAUCCGCCCUAGUAGCUCCCCAUAUGGAGCACCAGUUCUCUUCGUACGGAAGAAGAACAAGGAUGUACGAUUGUGCAUCGACUACCGCAAGCUCAACGCGCAAACCAUCAAGAAUGCGGGGCCUCUUCCUCGUAUCGACGAUCUUCUUGAGCGACUGGGUGGCGCGAAGUAUUUUUCUAAGUUGGAUUUGAAGUCGAGAUAUCAUCAGAUUUCGAUCCAGCCGAACGAUCGCUACAAAUCCGCGUUCAAGACGAGAUACCAGCAUUUUGAGUGGGUGGUCAUGCCUUUUGGCCUCACCAACACCCCGGCGACCUUUCAAGCGGCAAUGACCAACGAGUUUCGUGCAAUGUUGGACCGGUUCGUGCCCGGCGACCUUUCAAGCGGCAAUGACCAACGAGUUUCAAAAUGCAAUGUUGGACCGGUUCGUGUUGGUCUACCUAGACGACAUUCUCGUCUAUAGCCGGACAUUGGAGGAUCGUCUUGAGCACCUUCCACGAG